AUGUCGGAUAAUGAGGAAAACACAAAUGGCUUCGAAUACAGACAACCACCACAAAAAACAAUUGGAGAACUUCUCAAAUCUGAUGAUGUAAGAAUUUCCGGAACUAGCUUGUAAAAUCAAAAAAGAUGUUUUAUUUUUUCAGGAAGACGAAUCGUUGAAAAAAUACAAGCAACAAUUGUUGGGACAAGGAACUGUUGUUGUUGAUGAAAAUGAUCCACGUCGUGUUUUGGUGAAAAAUGUUGAAUUGAUGAUUGAAGGCAUCAAGAAUGAGGUUCUCGAUCUUUCCGAUCCAAGUGAGCGUUUACCUGGAAGGAACUUUGAAGUCAAUUUGAAAAUUUUCAGAGAAAGUUGAAACUUCGGAUUUGUCAUUGUCGAUCAAAGAGGGUUCCACUUAUCGAUUGAAAUUCACCUUCCAUGUUCAGCGCGAAAUUGCAUCCGGUCUUCAGUGAGUUUUUUUUUUGGGAGAAUUUUUUUGGCGAAGGCCUCGGAAAAGUUUUAUCAAAUUCCUGACUAUAACACAAUUCCUCCUAGAAAUCUGAUGAUUGUCAUGUGAGAUUUUGUAACGAUAAACUUUGUACCACAACAAAACUGUUGAUAUCUCGAAAGAUCCCAAAAAAAAACAUUUUUUGCAGCUACAAACAUAAAGUGAAGCGUUCGGGAAUCACUGUCGAAAACGAGAAAUACAUGAUGGGAAGUUAUGCGCCAAAGCUUGAGAUUCAAGAAUACACAUCGCCAAACGAAGAAGCUCCACAAGGAAUGAUUCAUCGUGGAAAAUACAAGGUUCACUCAAAAAUCACCGAUGACGAUGGACACGUUUAUUUGGAUUGGAAUUGGACAUUGCACAUCACCAAAGAUUAA